CCAGCAUGGACUCAUCCUACCUUAGACUUCUUAAUCUUCCACAAAGAUAAUGAAUAUCCAGCCUUAUUUAAAAUUCCAACUCCAAUUAAAUUUCUUCGUGAACUUGCUGAUUUUGCUGAAAAACAAUUUAUGAAAAUCAACAAAACCAAUCAUAAUAUUAAUCAUUAA